AUGUUGGAGCGGCAGGUUCUGGCAAGAGCGGUGCUGAGGGCGGCCGGCGUGGAGGCGGAUGAGGCGGAGAACGGCGCCGAGGCGGUGCGGCGCGUGCGGGAGCGCGUCGGGGGCGGCGGCGCGUACGAUCUCAUCCUCACGGACAAGCAGAUGCCGGUCAUGGACGGCCACGAGGCGACGAGGCAGAUCCGGGCGAUGGGGGUGACCACGCCCAUCGUCGCCGUGUCCAGCGACAGCCUCCCGUCGGACGUCCAGGCCUUCACCGCCGCCGGCGCCGACGACUUCACGCCCAAGCCCCUGACGAAGGAGAAGGUGGGCCACAUUCUCUCCAAGUUCGGGCUUGCGUAG